UAAAAAAUACACGAGUUGAAAAUGGAUAGUCUCGUGGAGAAGUGAGCCCCUUUCUGGCGGGAAGUGAGCAAAGAGAGAGAGAGAGAGGGAAUAGGGCAGUGAUUGUGAUUAGUGAGAGGGGUUUGGGGUGGUGCGCAGCCGAAAUGGGUUCGUUAGGACAGCUUCCGAUAUGGGCAUCGAAACCUUGUAUCAUGGGUAUUGACGAAGCUGGUCGCGGUCCUGUUUUAGGACCAAUGGUGUACGGAUGCUUGUACUGUGCACGUUCGUACCAGAAGACUCUUUCCACUUUACAAUUUGCAGACUCGAAGACUUUGAAAGAAGAGAAGAGGGAAGAAUUAUUCGAGGAAUUAAAGACAAAUGAAUCCAUCGGAUGGGCGGUUGAUGUGAUAGAUCCAAGAGAUCUCUCAGACAAGAUGUUAAAGAAAACCAAAAUAAAUCUUAAUGAAAUAUCACAUAAUUCUGCAAUUGGCCUUGUAAGGAAGGCACUGGACCUCGGUGUUCUUUUAACUGAGGUUUAUGUGGAUACUGUUGGUGAUCCCGAAAAGUAUAGGGUGAAGCUCUCUGAAAUAUUUCCAGCAAUCAAAUUUGUUGUUGCAAAAAAAGCUGACAGUGUUUACCCCGUAGUAAGUGGAGCCAGUAUUGUUGCAAAGGUUACUAGGGACCGAGCCUUGCGGGAUUGGGUGCUUGAUGAAACUGCUGAGAACAUGCAUAAGAACUUUGGAUCUGGAUAUCCUGGAGAUCCUGAGACAAAAGCUUGGCUGGAUCAUCACAAACACGUAGUUUUUGGUUUCCCAACCUUGGUCCGCUUCAGCUGGGGAACAUGUAAUUCAUACUCCAAGGACAAUGUUGAAGUACUAUGGGAAUCUGAUGCCAAUGAUGAAGAUGAAUCCAACGGAAGAGCUAGUAAGCGGCAGGUGAAGCUAACUGAUAUUGGUUUCACAGGUGUAAAGAGGAAAAGUGAAGAUAUUGAGUCAAGUGGGAAAGGCCGAUGCAAAUUCUUCCAAGCUCGUAAGCUUGAACUCCUCUCACAGUUUUGAAGGACACAAUUCAAAGUUACUCACAGGAUGAGAACUAUUGUGUCAAACCUCAUUCAUCUAGUCUAAACUAGAACAGCGAAAUUGGUUCCUUCGACAUCCUUUCCGGAUGGUAAUUAGAUUAGUUUGUUAUAUACCUCCUAGUUGAUUGAAAAAGUGUUGACUAGAUUUGUAAUUCUGAAUGUCGUAAUAUCAUUUAGGAUUAAUCAUACUUGUUCUCUCCGGUUAGCACAGUUUUUGUGAUGGCCGCAUGUCCAGCUUGCAGCUCCUGGAAUAUCUUCUGCUUUCUGCAGACAAAUAGCAUCUUAAAGAACUA